CAACCAAACGACCCCCUUAGUGAUUCCUUAUCAAAGGCAAGGUUCCAGCCCCAUGAUUUCUGAAUAACACCAAAAUUUACGAAAGAUAAUGAGAAGAUACUAACUUUUUCAGCAAUUCCCAAAUCAUCUCUUCCAAUUUCUCAAUCAGAAACCUGCGACAAUGUCUGAAUCAGAAGAAGAAGAAGAAAAGGCGGAUUUGCUUCACGUGAAACGUCGUAAAACUGAAAAAACAGAUCGAAUUAGCGCCUUGCCAGAUUCUUUGAUACUUCACAUCCUCUCUUUCUUGCAGAUGGAUGAAGUUAUACGAACUGGAGUUUUGUCAAAAAGGUGGCACCUCUUGUGGACUUCAGCACAAACCCUAAUUUUCAGUUACUCAGGCCCACAUGAUCAUGGUACCUACAGUAAGUUCGUUACUUUUAUUGAUGAUACCCUACUUCGUUGCCAGCCUAGUAAAUUGAACAAGUUUUCGGUCGAUUUUAUUUACAGCAGACGCUUUGUUCGACACGUUAAUAAAUGGAUUACAUUCGUCAAGAAUAAAUAUGUGGAGGAACUGAAUCUUCAUCUAAGGUCACGAGAUUUGAAUGAGAUUUACAAUUUACCCGAGCUUAUGUACUCCAAUAUGUGCUUACGAGACCUAAGUUUGCGCCAUUGUAAUCUUGUACCAAAAGGGGAGAUUAAUUGGCCUUCCCUUAGGAUUUUAGAAAUUGGAUAUGCUGAAUUGAACCAGGAUUUUAUUAAAAAGAUUUGUUCUGGAUGUCCUGCUUUGGAGUCUCUGAAGUUUAGGAGUUGUUACGGGAUUGGUUGUUUUAAUAUUGAUUCCAAAAGUGUGAAAAAGUUGGCGAUCAAAGGCUGUUGGGAUGACGAUGAUGAUGAUAAUGAAGAAGAAAAACAGCUGAGAAUAUAUGCUAGGAAUGUUACUUCACUGGAGAUUAGCGGCCAUUUUCAUAAAAAGAUACUUGUUCUUCUGGAUGUAAAAGCUCUGGUCGAUGCUAAGCUAAAUGUUUAUAGGAAGCCAGAUGAGUACAUACAUAAUUACGAGGGUGAUUUUAAAACUGAUCAGAAUAUGGUGAAAGAUCUCCUUGUGUCGCUCCAGCACGUUGAGAAACUCUCCAUCGGAACAUGGUGUUUGCAGGUCCUUACGACUUUGGAGAUGAGAACCUUGCCAUGCCCCAGGAUGAGAUGCAAAUACUUGACCUUAAACACUCAUAUGAAGAAAUGGGAGCUUCCUGGGAUAACAAUCCUUCUACAAAGCUGUCCUCAGGUUGAGACCUUGAACAUAGACAUGACAUCCCGCUUCGAAGAGUAUUAUUUUGGGUCGUAUUUUAAGAAAUCUAACGACUUUAGUGGAGGAAAUUACUGGAUAUCAAGGCCUUGUUGGGUGCUGUAUCUCAAGACUUUAAGGAUUUACGGCUUCUGGGGUGGGAAUGAAUACAUCCUUUCAUUUCUGGAAGUUGUGCUAAAGAAUGCAAUGGUGCUUGAGAAAAUCUUCAUUGGCUCCUCUAAAAAUGAACCAUGGAUUCCUACAGAUGUGGACUACAGAAGAGUUGCAAAUAAGAUGCUAAGCUUUCCGAGAUCAUCAAAGGAUGCUGUUAUUCUGUUCUCUGGUUGAGAAUUAAACUAUGUCUAGAUGUUUAAUUAAAAAAAUGUGCUUCUGAAAUGUUUAGAUGUUUUUAAGUUAAGCUCGAUGCUUGUCUAAAACAUUUUUUUCUUUUGAUUCAGUAGACAAUUUUUCUCUCUGUGAAUUUAUAUCUUAUUCCUUGCAAAUGAGGGCUUCCCUCAGCCCUGUUGGCAGUUGAUAAUUUAAGGGUUCUUCGUUUA